AUGGAGGCCGCGAGCAGCUCGCCCGACGAACCUCAACAGGAGGAAAGGCCUCCAAAGCCAAAUCUCUGCAGGCUGCUCCUGAAGCAGCUGGAGGACAAGUUCCUGGCCAUUGGCCGUCGUGCAGAGAAAUCGAGGUCUGGGCACCAGGAAGAUGCCAAUCAGCUAGUGGAGGCCGAGUACAGGCCGCGGUCCUUCCUCCGGCGGCGCGCGCCCGAUGAGAUCGAGACCGCGGUGACGCAGCUGGACCAGGGAGCCCUCAACAUGGCCAAGAAGAGUUUCACCAGCAACCUUGACUUGACCGAGUUCGCAGAGGCCAUUGUCAGCACCGGCACCUACGAUGCGGACCGGGUCCUCGCUUUUGUCAGCGGCGUGGUCGACCUUUACCUCGAGGUCUUCCGAUCCCAAGGCGAGCGGGCGUCCGAACGUGCCGUGAACUGGGCGCAGUUGAUGAACCACUUCAUCGAGUCCCCAGAGAUCGUCAUGUUCGAGGGCAACGAGGUUUCGUCCGCCGGCCCGAAGAGCGUGUCCGGUGCAGAGAACUUGGCGCAGGUCCGACGAAGCAAUGUUGUUGACUGCGCCAAGCACAUGGGCUCCGUUAUCCACAAGAUCAACUGGAUGGCUUCCCUGGAGAUGCUCACCUCGGUUGAGGGCACGGAGUCCGUGUACUUCUGGUCGCCUUUCAUGGCUUGGGAAACAGCACGUGUUGUCACACCUCAGCUGCCAGCAGACUUUUACGACGAGCGCCAGAAGCCACUGUGGACUGUCCAUGCGGUUGCGUGGGACAACGACUCUCAGGACUUGGUGGCCUUGCUAAGCAAUCGCUUUCUUGUCUUCUGGCGCCUCCGGAACCGGGACAAGGGCCAGUUCCAGCAGAAGAAGGAGUUUCGCUUUCAUGCCACGCGGUCUCAGGGCCGCAACUCCUCUUCGCACGAAAUCAGCCAAUGGGAGGUUCACCUGCGCACGCUCGAUCCCAAAAACGGGGACCUCCUCCAAGAUCCUCCCAGCAAGAAGGAGCCUUCGGAAGCCGGAGCUCGGCGUGACAAGCGCGAGGAGCGCUUUGCAGCAGAAGCAGCGCAGCAGCUGGACAUCUGGUGGAGUGCCAGCAUGAAGGUCUGGGUGACAGCCGACUACAACGGCAGGUUUCUCUUGUGGGAUCUGCGUGAACACAGCAUCGCGACGACUAUCGCACCGACGAAGGUUUUGCAGGCUCACAGCAAAGUGAUCACGACUUUCCUGGAGCUUAGCACUUUCAAGUUCACCACCGGCAGUUUGGAUCGGUCAGUGUGCCUCUGGGACCACCGCAACCUCUCUGGCCCCGAGGUGAAGUUGGAGGAGCACACAGGCUCCAUCCGAGCACAGGCGUACUUGCCAUUGUUCUCCAGCCUCGUCACAGUGGGUUGUGAGAAACGGGUCUUUGUAUGGUCGAUUGAUUCGACGGCCUACCGAGGUGUCAGGGCGAAGCUCUCCGCACACCAGUCCAACCUCUCAGGAGUUUCCGCUGGCCAAAGAGUCUUCGUUACCUUGGAUGAGGCCUGUAUCUUCAUCCUCUGGGAUGGUGCGACUCUAGCGGCGCUCCAGACGACAAAUUGCUUCACCCUCGGGCCUCGCCAUGUGGUAGUCAUGCCCUCGCUCGGACGCAUUUGCUUGGCAGGGCGAAGGCUCAACUUCUUUGAAGGCAAUGAGCAGGGCUCCAUCGCACUUGGUGCAGCGCCGACGAAGGAGCAAGUUGCCAUAGCAAAACGUCGCGAAGCCGAGGGUGCGAGCCUGAAGGACCUGGGUGGCAGGUCCAGUGCUUUUGAUUUGUGGAUCUCUUGUUUUAGCGGUUGGCGAUCAGCAGUCGAACUUGAGAUUUGGGAUGGGCCAUCAGCCAUGCGCGCAUUCGCAGGGAGCGGGUGGCCUUCCGCGCUCUUCUGCGGCUAUCCCGUGCUGCUGGCAGGCACCCGAGGCGCCUGGCAGCUCUUCUCGGCCGUGCGCCUCGGAUGUGGGAUCCACAGGCCUCGGAACCUUGCACACCACAACAAGGCGCUGCGCGCUGCUGCCAGCGGCUCCACGGAGUUUGCGCUUCCGCGCCAGGGCCGUGCGGCGGCGCGGGCCAUGCGGUGGCACUGGACCUUCACACAGAUGCUUGGCUUGGAGUACCUCCCACAGGCAUCGGAGAUUCUUCAUCGACUGGAGCAGGCGCGCUCUGCUGCAGUGCGAUUGGGCACCUUGUCUGUUCCGUCCUCUCGGAUGUUGGACAUGCCGAUGCCUGACCUGGAGCAGAUGCAGCCGGGCGAGGGAGUGCAGGAGGGCGAUCUGCUGCUCACCCACCCGUUGUCGGGUUUGUUUCAGCCAGUGUUCGACCAGUCUUUCAUACUGAUCGUCCAUGUUCGGAAAGAUAAAGACUGGGUCCAGGGAGUCGUUGUGAACAAGGAGGCGGAGGAGACGAUCUCUCAAACGCUUGUGGAGAAGCCCACAACUUUGCUGUCGAGGCCGGAUACUCGUGGCACGGACUGGAAUGCACUGGCAUUUGGACCGUUGGAGCCUUUGUUGGAGGAGAAGGUCAACAAAGGUGGACCCGUUACGGCCGACAGCCUGGAUGAGAACAUGCUGUGGCUUCACAGCUACGAAGAUGUGCCCGGUGCAAAGGUGCUCCACCAGGGCCUUGCGGUUGGCGGCGACCUCGCUGCCACGGCGGAACGUUCGAAGGAGAGCCUCAAAGGGAUGAUGAAGAUCAUCAAGGGCUUCUCUGGCUGGGGGUUCCAACAGCUGAAGCUUGAGCUCGAGCGCGGAGUGUGGGUACACCUUCGAGGCGGCGCACCCGCAGUACGUCAACUUGUCAUGGCUGACGGCAUUACCCCGUGGAGCUCCGCGCUCGCCUGCUGUGGUCUCGAUUCGCUUGCAGAGUUCCCGCGCAGCCCGGAAGCUGACACGAUCCUCAAGGACUACGUCAGCGCUCAUUGGCGGGCCUGCGCGAUGGAGUUCGUGAAGCUGCAGGAAGCAAUGAAAGCUGCAGAAAAAAGAGCUGUGCCUGCAUACUGUGCUAUUGAACGAUCGGGUGGGAUUGGUUUCUUCCUGCCGUGCCGGGCAAGCCCGACCGUGGUUCAGGUGUCCAAAGCCCUCUUCAAUGCGCCCGAGGGAGACACAAUCAGCGCUUUCUGUGCUUGCGACUCCCAAUCCUACUCGGUGCUCGGGACGGCCAAAGGCGGAAUCUACUUCUUGAAGUACCGGAGCGGCUUCACCUUGCGAGCCUACCAGAGGAGGCGGGAGGACAUCGAGGAAUGGCCUUCAGCAGCAGGCGCGCAAGCGAAGAACAUGUCUCUUUUUGACUGCUCUGGGAGGGUUCAGGGUUCAGGAUUUAAGGGCUAA